AUGGGGCCUCGCGGCGGUGCCACCGGUCGUCAGGCCGCGGAGGGAAGCAACGGCUUCGAAGAGCUGCGGAAAUACAUCAAACAUGGCGGAGAUUUUUGCAAGGAACUGGCCUCGAUUCUACAGGAAAGGUCUGAUCUGGAAGUUAGCUACGCCAAGAGCCUGCAAAAGCUGUCGGCGAAGCUGCUGAAGGUGUCCAAGGACGGGCUGGGGAGCGUUAACCAGGCCUGGCAGAUGGUGGGCGCCGAGAUGGAGUACGAGGCAGACCUUCACAAGACUAUGGCCGUGACCUACACAGAGGAGCUGGUGAAGCCGCUGAAGGGCCUGCUGGACACGCAGCACAAGGUGCGCAAGUCGGUGGAGGGAAUGGUGGACAAGACGGCCAAGAGCCUGGCCGAGUGGCGGUCGGCCGAGGCAAAGGCUAAGAAGCUGUCGUACCAGUGUGCGCGCGAGAGCGAGCGGGCGGAGGAGAUGGCACUGGAGGCGCGGCUCGGCAGGGGCAAGCCCACCGGCGACAAGGAGACCAACAAGGUGGAGAGCAGGAGGCAGAAGACAGAGAACGCCAUGGGCAAGGCGGAUGCCGACUACUAUAACUUCUGUUUGCGGGGAGAGCGGGCCCGGUUGGAGUGGGAGACGGCCGUGAACAAGGGCAGCCAGUGCUUCCAGGCGCUGGAGGAGGAGCGGCUGGUGCGACUGCAGUCCGUCCUGCAGGCCUAUCAUCAGAACAUGGCGGCGCUCGCACCUAAGAUGGCGCAGAGCGCUGAGCGGCUGGCCGAACCGGUGACGUGCGCGGACGUCGACCGGGACGUGCAAACCGUGCUGCACGUGAAGGGUGCUGGACAGGCCACGCCCGAACAGCUGCUGCCCGACUUCUACGCCGAGAACAUGACCAACGCCAUGAAUCGCGAGCGACGGAAAAAGGCUCUUGAGCAGUUCCUUCAGUUGAUUCGUCAGGACGUGGGGCGGGAGAGACGAGGUAAAGAUGGCGUGGAAAAUCUGGCGAAGGCAAUGCAGGAGGCUCCUCACUUCGGCAACGAAGGCUCCCAGAAAGACGUUCACGAAAAACUGCAGCACAUGCGCGCUAUGCUGGCCUACCUGGAGGCGAGUCGGUACAAGAUCCAGGUGGCGCUGGCAGAGGUGGAAGGCCAGACGCGGCCCCAGCACCCGCUCAGCAAACACAUCCAGCACCACAAGGACCGGCAGGGCAUGACACAGAGCGUACUCAAGGUGCCGAACUGGGUGCGGCUGGACCCGCUGAACCUCUCACCGUAGGACUCCCCGGACUGGGCCACCGACCGGGGCAAGGCGGAUGGCACCUCCAACCAGCACGAGUCAGACUUCGACGAAUUCAGCAGCCACGGUGACCAAUCACCGCCGACGAAGCUCCCGCUGACGUCAUCACCAC